ACUCCAGAAACAAAAGGAUGAAGUGAUGUCAGUUCAACAAGGCGUCAUUCUUCUGUCUCUGUGUCUCAGUCAGGGCAAGACGAGGACAGGCGAAGGGACAGCGGUGGUUCGGGACCCGAGAGAAGCAGCCAAGCUCGGAGUCAGCUUCUCGUACUUCACUCCCUACAGCCCAUACUGGGUUCUGAGCACUGACUACACCAAUUUCACCAUCGUGUACUCGUGCAAUGACGUCCUCCGCCUGUUCCACAUCGACUUCGCCUGGAUCCUCAGCCGCUCUCGCUUCAUGCCUCAGGAGAAGGUGCAGCAGGCCAAACACCUGAUGAUCAGCGAAGGGAUCGACCUGUCCAGGAUGAAGGCCACAGAUCAGACGGGCUGCAAAGACGACUGAUGGAGACUUUACAUCAAAUAAAAGUCAUCUGCAGUGUUUAUGUGUUUAAAAUAUAUUUUUAUAUUUUAAUUCUGUCUUAGCUGCUCGGGACUUUAAAGAUGAAACUGAUUUAGUAAAACUCACAUUAACCCCUCGGCCUGUUUCUCAUGGUUUUGUUUUACUUGGCGAUGUUCUCACACUGAAUCUAUGAAUAUAUUGUUUUUCAUACUCCAGAAGUGAAUCUUAUAUCAUUCACAACAAUGUUUUCUUUUUGGAAUCAAACAAUGAAAUAAUCUUUAUCUGUGUAAUAAAGAUUUAUUCCUUCAGCUGU